AUGGCAAUGAGUAUGACAAUGGGAAUUAAAAGCAUUACAGGUGAUGCUCAUUUCUUUGAAGAAAGUAUGAAUUUAGAUCGUAUUCGUAAACUAUUGGAUAAUAAAUUAGGUGUCGCUGGACACGCUGAGAAAUUAGAAGCGAUGAAAGCGCUUCUUGCAAGUAUUUCAAAGGGUGAAGAUGUAUCAAUUUUCUUUGCCGAUGUUGUAAAGAACGUCAUUGUUGCUAGUGUUGAAGUCAAAAAGCUCGUCUAUAUGUACUUGGUUCAUUACGCCGAUGCUAAUUCACAAUGUCGUGAAUUAGCAUUAUUAAGUAUCAAUAGUUUUCAAAAAGACUUGGCUGAUCCAAAUCAACUGAUUCGAGCUUUAGCAUUACGAGUUAUGACAAGUAUACGAGUUCGAGAUAUUUUACAAAUUCAGCUCAUUGCGAUUCGAAAAUGUGCUGCUGAUGAGUCGGCCUAUGUACGAAAAUGUGCGACCAAUGCCAUUAGUAAAGUAUUUGUAGUCGAUCCAGCACAGAAGGACGUGUUGGCCGAGAUUAUUGGUGUUUUGCUUACUGAUUCUAGCACUAUGGUAUUAGGCAGUGCUGUCCAAGCUCUUAGUGAAGUAUGUCCGGAUCGAUUGAAUUUACUCCAUCGUCCGUAUCGAAAGUUGUGUCACUUGUUGGCGGACAUUGAUGAAUGGGGACAAACGGUCACACUUAAUGUGUUGGUUCGAUACUGUCGACAACAAUUUCAGACGGUGGAAGUACCUAAGACUGAUAAAGGUAUAGUAUUGAUUAAGAACGGUAACAAGCGAGGCUUUUAUUCAGAUGAUGGAGAUAGUGGAGAUAGCGAGGACGAGAAGACGAACUUGGUCAAAAGUCAAGGAAAUGUAUUUACCAACCAGUCACCAUUUAUACUUGGAGCUGGGAAUGUCAGAGGAGAGACACUCCCGUCGAUUGGAUCCGUCUUCCGUACCGACAGACUUGCAAGCGGAACUGGAGGCGGAGAAGAGCUGGACGAAGAUCACCGACUGCUGCUCCGCUCGUCCAUUCCGCUACUUAAGUCGAGAAAUAGUGCUGUGGUGCUCGCAGUAGCCACGCUGCACUACUACUGUGGCACAAACAGCAUGGCAACGUCCACGCUCAUUGGCAAGUCGCUCGUGCGUAUCAUGCGCAACCAGCGUGAAAUCCAGUACGUCGUGUUAUCGGUCAUAUCGUCAAUGGCGACGUCCCGUCCGGACAUGUUUCGCCCAUUCUUGCAAGAGUUUUUUGUGCGUGCGACGGACCCGGCCUAUGCUAGAAAACUCAAGCUGGAGAUUUUAACCUCCCUGGUAACGGACGACAACGUGAGCAAUAUCCUUCGAGAGUUUCAGGCAUAUGUCCGCCAUGUCGACAAGUACUUUGUGACUAUGACUGUGCGCGCUCUUGGACGCGUGGCGGACGCCAUGGCGGCGGUCGCUGAGCGCUGUUUAAGCGGACUAAUGCGCUUAGUUCGCUCUUCGAAUGAGCAAGUUGUUGCUGAGAGUGUGAUGGUGAUUCGCCAGUUACUUCAGCAGCAGACAAUCAAGAAGGACCGUAUACUUGUCGUGCGCUCUUUGGCCGCUAUGAUGGUGAAAGGUCGUGUGACUAGUCCAUUGGCACGUGCUUCGAUUGUUUGGAUGCUUGGCGAGUUCAACGACGAUGGAAAUGGAUCUACUUGCGCAGCUGAAUCGCUACGCUUGCUAGUAAAGGGCUUUUCUGAUGAAUCCGGCGAAGUGCGUCUCCAGCUUCUGAAUCUUGCAGUAAAACUUGGACUUCGCGAGCCUCAGGAGCGCGUCAUUCAACUUUUGCUCCAGUAUGUGAUCGAGUUGUGCAAGUUUGACAUCGACUACGACAUUCGUGACCGUGCUCGUUUGAUCCGUGCUGCCCUGGCUGGAGACGAAAGUAUUGUAGACCCGCACAAGUUGUUUGCGAGCAAGAAACCAGCACCAUUAAUUGGAAACGAUGAUGAAAACAAGACACGCUUUACGCUAGGCUCACUAUCAAAUCUUGUGCGUCACAGUGUUCCAGGAUAUCUUCCUCUGCCAGAAUGGCGCUCGACGAAGCCAGACCGAUUGCUUCGUGAUGAAUCAUCUUCUGUUGACACCAACUAUAAUGACCCGUCCCGUCGCGGUGUUAAGGCUACCAAAACUAAACAAAGCAAGGGUGGUGCAAAGGCAUUUUACAGCGACAGGAGUUCUUCCGGUUCAGAGUCAGUGUCAGAAUCGGCGUCAGGGUCCAAUUCCUACUCUGAUGGUCGCUCCGGCUACGACUCUGAAAGCAGCAGCGCCGGUAAUCGCUUUAGUUCCAAGUCAUCUUCUUCUUCCGCUAGCUCAGGAUCAGAAAGUGAGGCCUCUUCUUUAGACAAAAGCGACGCUGACGAAUCGUCGGAGGAAGAAAAUUGCACGCGCCGACGGCAAAAGGAUGGGAAGACAAAGUCGUUACAGAAGCAUGUGCAGCCCAAAAGGACGAAGUCAGCAAACGAAUUUGAUCCGCUUAAUUUUUUGGGGUUACCAUCGGGUUUAGACCCAGCAAGCACUCCUGUGCAAGCGUGUGUGCCCAGGAGUUUGACAAUCCCCAAGUCUAACGUCCUAGGUGACUUAAUGAGUCUAAGCGUGUCAUCUUUAACGGUACCACCUCCACGUCACGAAUUAUUAUCCUCACUUGCAGGUAAUGGGUUGGACGUUCACUACGCGUUCCUCCGCCAAUUGUCGACGCACUCUUCUGGUAUGAAUGUCAUCCAGCUGUGGCUAGCAAAUAAUUCCAGCGAACCCAUUUCAUGUGUCGAAGUUGUCGGCAGAAAUCCUCAGCAAGUCGCUCCAUCCCCAGCGCUACCUGUGUUGUUCCCUGGUGGAUCUACAUCGAUGGUCCAGCUGCAUGUGGACUUCAUGGGUCGCCUUGAUAAUGUACCUCUUGAGAUUGUCACGAGUGCAAACGUGUACCAUGUGGAUCUUGCUCCCGUAAUUGGGGAGCUUCUCAUUCCUCAACAUAUGAAUGUGGACGAUUUCGAACGUUGCAUUUCAAUGUCUGAGUCAACAUUUUUACACACCAGUGAAUUCACGCUGCUACUCCCGGUGCAGAUAAACACUGUUGUGCAGGCUGUCUUGAAUAAUUGCAAUGUGUCACAAGUCUACGAAAUUGAUAACUUGAAUGGCGUAGUCGGCAAGUGUAAGUUUGCCGGACGUCUUCGCAGUGGAGCUUCUAGCGUCGAAAACGUUCUGAUUAGCCUGGACGUCCAGCUUCAAAGCGGCAAGGGUCGACUACUGGUGGUUAUGCGUGACUCGGUGCUCUCCCAGCGACUUGUCGCAAGCAUUAUGCAGGCUUUGCCGCUUCAAGUCGCAUAA